UGCCUGGAUGGGAUCGACUACGAGGACUUCAACUUUGGGCCCCACAUGAUGGAGCAGAAGGAGCCCGUGAUAGAGACAGUGGAAGGUCCCUACCUUGUCAUCAUUGAGCAGCCAAAGCAGCGGGGGUUCCGGUUUCGGUAUGGCUGCGAGGGGCCUUCGCAUGGGGGGCUGCCGGGAGCAUCCAGCGAGAAGGGGCGCAAGACCUAUCCCACCGUCAAGAUUUGCAACUUCACAGGGAUGGCCCGGAUCGAGGUGGACCUGGUGACACACAGCGAUCCUCCCCGUGUGCACGCCCACAGCCUGGUGGGCAAGCAGUGCAAUGAGGCUGGCAACUGUGUCGCGAUCGUGGGACCUAAGGACAUGACAGCUCAGUUCAGCAACCUGGGUGUGCUCCAUGUCACCAAGAAGAAUAUGAUGGAGAUCAUGAAGGAAAAGCUGAAGCAGCAGAAGAUGCGCAACAGGAGCCACACACUGACAGAAGCGGAGCUGCAUGAGAUUGAGCUGGAGGCGAAGGAGCUGAAGAAGGUGAUGGACCUGAGCAUCGUGCGGUUGCGCUUCACCGCCUACCUUCGCGACAGCAGUGGGAACUUCACACUGGCCCUCCAGCCUGUCAUCUCAGACCCCAUCCACGACAGCAGUGAGCAUGGGGCCAGGCCAGGGAGGGGAUGGGAGUCCCCAGGAGCUUCCAACCUGAAGAUCUCGCGGAUGGAUAAGACAGCAGGUUCUGUGCGGGGCGGGGACGAGGUCUACUUGCUGUGUGAUAAAGUUCAGAAAG